UUUGGGCGAGUAGCCAGUAAAUUGACUGGUACUUUAUUUUAUUGGCCCCUGGAAUAUGUAUGGCAAAGUUGGCCUCAGUGGGAUUUAAAGUUGUAAGGGACCGUAACUAAGUAUGUUCUCCGCUCAAGUAGGGCCGACAUAACAGCAUUAUAGGCUCCCUAGGCAAAUCAAUGCACUGGGCUCUACUGUAAUUAUUUAUUAAUGGCAAGCCACGACAUAAAUAAAUCAUAAUUGGGCCCCUAGGCCCAUGACACCCCUGGACAACUGCCCAGUGUUUUGAGACGACACUGCGCUCUGGCGAUUCUACUAUGAAUAUUUCUUUCCUUUAUUUUCGUUUUUUAAAAGUCAGGAAAGCUAGCAAUGCUCACAACAUUCACAAAGUUAAAAGGGAAGGGAGAGUUAUCCUCAGACCGGAGACCUGACCGGAACGCUUGUAACAGAAUGGACACCACUAAAGAUACACAGGUAAAGAUACACUAGCUAAUGGUGUUAAACCGGACGAUGAGUUAAGACAACCACUCUAAUAGGUCAGAGCAGGAUUUGAACUCUGAACAUAAAGAACUGACACAAAUACCAUAACGUAUCGCAUAUGACCUAACAGCUCUGCCAAUCCACCACCCUGCAUUGGCACAUUUUUAUCAUCUUCGAAAGGACGAAUGGACACAGUUGAUUACAGCGAGAUUUGAACACGGAACACUGAGAAUCGGUUCGAUGUUUUAACCACACUGCCAAUUUGCUGCCGUACUCCGUACGAAAGGAAACUUUUCAUUGGUCUAAAUCACCUAACGUGUAUUUCACACAGUUAUGCCUCCUAAAAGACGUAAUCUCCUGUCAAUCAAACAUAAAUGUCAGCUUCGGUUUCUUGAAAGCCCCAAAGAAAUUCCACAUGGGUUGUUAAGUCCUAUUCCUUGUAGUAAUUUCCAACUAGCUGCCAGAGUAACAGAAAUAAAAAACAACCUUUCAUGGGUGUCGCCCCAAUUCACUGGCAUUAAAGACUUGCACACCAAGCAACAAAGAAAAAGAAACCCUAAACCUAAUGCUGAAAAUGAAUGUCCUAAAGAACACAACAGGAGAUAUGGUUCUCUGCAGUUUUUGAAACCAACAUCUCUUCACAAACCUUUUCAAGACUGCCAGUCAUUAUCAAACAUAGAAAACAUUAUGAUUAGUCCAAAGUUUACAAAUUCUGAAGACACAUUGAAGCCAACAUGCCCUUGGAACCUCUUUCAAAAUUCUCCUUUGGAACAAAAAGACUAUGGUAAAAUACUAGUUCCUGAUACACCUGAAAGGGAAUAUGGCUUAUCAGUGCGGCACAGACAGUUGGGGAAAUUCAAAAAAUAAUUGCUUUUAAUAUGUUGGGGCUUUUAUUUAUGGAUUAUUUAUUGCAAUAAAACAUUUCAUUUAUUUAA